CACUUCCUGCAUUCACGUUGGAGAAAGAUAACGCACGUGGUUUUAACAGUUUAUUUAAUGUACCGAUGUUAACUGAUAAUAAGUUGUAUGUGUUGUAAAUUCGACGCUGAAUUUUCAUCUUAAAGGCUGGGCUGGAAACGCAGACGCGAUGACCCACAACUUUUUACUGAAGGCUUCUUUACUGUACAAAGACAUUUGUCCUGAACAGUCGCGCUUUCUCCUGCAGAGGCAUCAGAGCACUGCCGCUGCCCUGCCGCAGUCUAUAAUCUGCCCCUUCUGUUUCGAGUGGCGGACACUGGGCAAUCAUCACGUGCGUCUGCGGCCCAAGCGAAAGCCCACGGCGGGGAUUAGACGACUUCUGAAGAGAGAGUCUGCAGGAAAGAGACUCAGCGCUGAACAGACUGCAGUCCUGCAAAAGUUUAAAAGAGCCUCCAAUGCUCUGUUUCGGGCUCUGGCACGCUUUGCACUCACAAUACAAGCGUAUCGCACCAAAUCCCAAGUGAACCGCGCUCUGACACGCCUCUUCCUACCAGGCCAGGGCCGGACAAAUGCCAUUAGAGACAGGGAAAUAUGGGUGAGUGAGGGUGAAUUAGAUCAGGAUGUGACCCAGGUCAGACUCAGACUGGACAUCCCAUGA